GAUAUUUUGUUAAGGUUUUGGGAGGGACGUCUGACGAUGCCCUCGAAGAAAAUAACUAUCGGCUGACGGCACAAUGGCCUGACGGCCGCGCUCCGUGCUCACCUUCAAAGCCGCCAGCGGUCUCCGAAGAUACCAUCUGCCAUUUUAUCGGCGGCCUUGUCCUGCCAAAUUUCGACAUUGCAUCUCCGCUGCCGCAUUUGCUCUGUUCUCCCCCUUCUUUGAGAAGGUUGAGGAAAUUUGAAUCAUGCAGAUGAUUUGCUGAUGCAAACAUCUUUGCUUCCUAUCAGAUUGUUAGCAGCAAGGAUUGAAGUAUCCAUCGGCACAGAGCACGAUGCAGUUUCAGCGCUGAUGACACAGUUUAAAACUUAUUUUUUCUUUAAAUUAAAGCAAGGAUGAUUGAAAGUGAAAGCAGUAGUUCUGAUUCUGCGGACCUGGAGGAACCUGCCAGUUCCAUGACUAGGGAAUUAAACAAUUACCAGUUGCUACGAGUUACCCAUGAGAAAGGAACAAAAUUAUGCUUGAUCAGUAAAGUCCCACAACACAUCUAUGAGUUCAAUUCAAAUGCUUUCAAGCCAAUCGUAAUGGCCAUCGGUCCUUACCACCACGGGACUCGAGAACUUCUAACUAUGGAGAAGGUUAAGUGGAACUGUCUGAGUUAUGUCCUCGGAUUGAAUCGUGAAAGAGAUUUAGAGAACUACGUUACGGCAGUUGAGGAACUCGCGUUACAAGUAAGAAACUGUUACUCUGGGGAAAUUACCAUAGAAAAUAACAAGUUUGUACAAAUGCUCUUGCUCGACGGAUGCUUCAUACUCGUGGCUCUUUGUGCGACUGACGGAAUUGCAGCAUCCUUACCAGAAGUAUAUGAUGGGAAUGCUGAUUGUCAGGAAAUAACAGCCGAAUAUGGAAUAGGACGAGACGGUGAGCCGAGGAGCAUGAAGAACAAGAUUGUAAUGAGUGACUCCACCACGGAGAAAUCAAUGCUUGAGGUGGAACCAAGCCGGGUGGAUAGUCAAUACAGAAUCAGGAACUGUGGAAUUGACAUUGAGUAUGGCCAAAAUUAUAGUUCUGAUCAGAUGGGACUCUGGUACACAAAUUUUCUCGCACACGACCUGCUCCUGCUUGAGAACCAAAUACCUUUUAUUCUUGUAAAGAGAAUUUAUGAGCUAGUUUUAGGUAACAACGUGGUGAUUCCCUCACUUACGGAUAAAAUUGCCGGAUUCAUAGAAGACAUUCUUAUUCACUACCCAAAAUCCAUUCUAGAAUCAGACAGGCCGAAAGAUUUUAACCAUCUGCUCCACUUGUGCCAUAUGUAUUUCAAGCCUUGUCGGGGGACGGAGGGCGACAGUCAUCAACAUCAGGCAAAGCCUCGAUUCUUUCACCGUUUUCUUCAUUUAGAUCACAAAUAUUUUGAAGUCGAUUGCUUACCAGCUGGUCAGCUAAGACGUUGGCGACGGGCAGUGCAUUACCAUGAAGCAGGAGUUGUAUUUACGAGAAAAGAGCUCGACAAAGAGCAUCCCCAUUCGCUUUUGGAUAUAAGAUUCAGUAAUGGUGUGGUGGAAAUUCCGUGUUUGCUUAUUGAUGAGAACACUGAUUCUCUUUUCAGGAAUCUAAUCGCAUUUGAGCAAACAUGUCCUCAAUUUGGGAACAACUUCACUGCAUAUAUUUUUUUCAUGUCUCAGCUCAUCAGCAUGCCAGCUGAUGCCACUCUACUUGUUCAGAGAGGAAUAGUUGUGCACCAAUUGCAUAGGGACGAAGAUGUGUCGACUCUUUUCACAAAGCUCAAUAAAGAUGUUGUGUUCGAUUUCAAUGGUGACUAUUACCUAAAGUUGAUGUCUAGCGCGUUGGAAGCGCACUACCAAAGUCGUCUGAAUCGGUGGGUGGCGUGGUUGCGGAACAACCACUGCAGCAAUCCAUGGUUGGGCUUAGGAGUUCUUGCGGCGACUGUCGUGCUUUUCUGCACUCUAGUGCAGACGCUGAUUGCCGUCUUGUCCUACAUAAACCCGCCAUGAUCACGUCAGCAGAACGCUCGACCAACAGCUCAAAUUCAUAUGCCGGUCUGCCGUAAAAAUGGCCGACUGCUUUGAAGCUGUCCCUAUGUCGGUUUUUGCCCGUUUUCACAGAGGGCUCAUGGGUCACUGUGUUCAAGUCAUAUCCUGUUUUAUGUCUCAGCAGAAGCAAUUGGGAUCGCCACAAUGUGGAACAAAAUGAUUAUGAUCUAAGUUUCUCUAUAAUCGAUGAGUCGCUGUGUUUGAGUCAUUUACUUUGUGUUAUGUCUAAUGUAUUACAUACGUGGCUAUAAUUCUCGUAUGUCUGUGUCGGACUCAUGUCCGACGUGGAUGCACCAUGAACGCUUAUUCGAGGUGGGUGCGUCCAUGGUGCAUCCCCCCAAAAAAUAUUUUAUUUUAAUUUUUUUUCUAUGCAUAUAUAAUGUGAGAAUAUAAAUAUUUUGGCUUUUGAUGAAUGAAUAUAAUGUCUGUUUGAACGAUUAAA